AUGAACGCAUCUAAUAGUCUUCUUUGGCUUGAGAUCGGUCUACCUCCGUCUUUGACUGUGCAGCCCGGUCAAUAUGUGCAGCUCUGGAUGCCAAGUGCCGGCAUUUACGCCGGUCUGCAACUGCCCCUCUUCUAUGCGGCAGCAUGCAAAAAGGAUGGCGCGCACAAGAUCGCACGGAUAGUGGCUCGUUCCGGCUCAGGUAUUACUCAAAAGCUUUACGAUAGGAAUCUCGCUUCCCCGCGCGGGAAUUGGAUCACGGUCACUGCGCUCGGACCAUAUGGGCGCCCGGAAAACUUGCUCCGGUUUGGGACCGUUGUGUUAGUCGUAGAGGACGUUGGCUUUUUUCGAGCUCUCUCGUAUAUAGAGAUGCUAGUCAAGGCCAGUGUGCAACGGACAGCGCUGGUACGGAAACUGGAGAUUUUGUGGCAAGAUGACGCGGAAUCUAGUGAGUCGUCGAGCUAUCUUCCUAAGUAG